UAAAUUCUCAAAUAAAAAAUGGUCGUAUUAUUUUUAUACGUAACUUGGUAAAUAAUACCAGCUUCAUUUUAAAUCAAAUUCACAGCGAAGUGUUUUCAGUUGACAUAAUCGGUUGUGGCAUUUUUAUCGGGAUCUUCAGCAAGAGAGAAAUAUGGCUGCCCCGGGCGAAGAUGAGCUAAAGAUGCCUUUUGUGGUGGUGCGCUUUGGAGACAACAAAGAGCUGAUGGCCAACACUGACUGCAUGGUGUGCAAUUUGGUGGAUUAUCUGAAAAUACACACAGAAAACUACGAGUUUGAAUUGGACUUGGCGAGUGAACAGGGGGAGCUUCGGGGCAUCAGUCAGGAGGGGAGGUACUUCGAACAGGCCGCCCAGUUCCUGCAGGACAGAGAAUCACUUGUCUUAGUCAGGGUCGAAAGAAUGGGUGAGCAGAUGAAGAAUAAAGUGAGGUAUCUUCCACUCUUGAAUGACUCUUUGAUCAUCAACGCCGCAUUCCUCACAAAUUUGGCCAAACAAGGACCUGACAGUCGGAAGAAUUACAGGGCGGGCAAGUACCAUCUGCCCUUGGAGGGUGGGAAGGAGAGGGAUUCGAGUAAGGAGAACGACAAGCAGAGAAAGACACCCAAAAGCAGGGAGAGACAGACCAGGAAUAACUGAACGGGGGGGGGGCAGAUCUAGUUAACUAUCCCCCCUUGUCUCCUGUUGCUUAAUCGCAUCUCUAAAUAUUUUUUUAUCUAUUGUUACAAGAGAUUCGUUACAGGGUACAAAAUUCACGGAUGCUUACCCGUUAGAAUAGUUCCUUAAAUGAGCGGCAAUUAUUUAUUAUAAGAUUCCAUAGGGGGAAUGGGGGAUAAUUAACCACGAAAAUUGAAAUUCUAGUGUUUUUAUUGCGUGCUCUUACUAAUACCGUAGAUUUCAGAGUUAUAUUUAGUUUAAUUUAAUACACUUAGCAUGAAAGUUUACGUGAAGUUG